AUAAUAUAAAAAUGAAGAGUAAAAAAGAUGAAAAGGGGAAGAAAAUAAAAGAGGUGGGAAUAGCAGCAAAUUCAAUUUACUUUCAUCAGUUCUUGAAAUUUGAUUUACUCAGAGAAAGAGAGACAACAAUUUCUCAGAGCCUUCAACAAUGGAGGCAGUAGUAGUGGAUGCUGGUUCUAAAUUGCUCAAAGCUGGUUUCGCUAUUCCAGAUCAAACUCCUGCUAUGGUAAUACCAACUCAAAUGAAACGCAUUCCUGAAGAUGAUGAAGGUUCCUUGUUUGAGGAAGAGGAAGUGGCUGUGGAUCCCAUUGAGAGAGGUUUCGUUAAAGAUUGGGAUGCAAUGGAAGACCUGUUGCAUCAUGUUCUUUAUUCUGGUCUUGGUUGGGAAAUUGGAAAUGAAGGUCAAAUUUUGUUCACUGACCCACUCUGCACUCCCAAGGCUGUUAGGGAACAAUUGGUGCAGUUGAUGUUUGAAACAUUCAACAUCUCGGGGUUUUAUGCCUCUGAGCAGGCAGUAUUGUCGCUUUAUGCGGUUGGACGCAUAUCUGGCUGUACUGUUGAUGUUGGUCAUGGGAAAAUUGAUAUUGCACCUGUCAUUGAGGGUGCUGUUCAGCACAUAGCAUCAAGAAGGUUGGAAGUUGGGGGUUUGGAUUUGACAAAGCUACUAGCAGAUGAGCUUAGUAAAUCAAAUCCCACAGUGAAACUCAAUAUUUCUGAUGUUGAAAAAUUGAAAGAACAGUAUGCAUGCUGUGCUGAUGAUGAUAUUGCCUAUGAGAAGCUUCAACACUCAUGCCUGGAAGAGAAACAUACUCUGCCUGAUGGCCAGGUGAUCACAAUUGGAAAAGAAAGAUACACUGUUGGAGAGGCAUUGUUUCAACCAUCUAUAUUGGGUAAUGAUACUCAUGGAAUAGUUGAGCAGCUUGUUCAUAGUAUUUCGUCUGUGUCAUCUGAAAAUCAUCGCCAGCUGCUAGAGAACACAGUACUUUGUGGUGGCACUGCUACUUUAACCGGGUUUGAGGAACGGUUUCAGAGAGAAGCUACCCUUUGCUCAUCAGCAGUUCGUCCUUCGCUAGUAAAGCCUCCAGAAUAUAUGCCAGAGAACUUGACUUCAUAUUCAGCAUGGAUUGGUGGUGCUAUACUUGCCAAAGUUGUCUUCCCUCAAAACCAGCACAUAACCAAAGCUGAUUACGACGAGAGUGGCCCUUCUGUUGUUCAUCGAAAAUGCUUUUAAACACUAGG